UUUGUAAGUAGUAGUUUAAAGCAAAUAGAUUAAGUGCAUGAUAAAGAUAAAACAAAAAACUGCUUCCAGCAACAUUUAUUCAGAAAAAUUAAAACUUUCUUUUUUAUUCUCAUAUCUCAACUACAUAUACGAGUCAUCUUUAAAGAUUAAAUAUAAAAAUAAUACGUGCAUAUAUAUAUAUAUGAGUGUAAGAAUAUAAACCAAAAAUGUACUCAAACAUAUGAUCGAUCAUAUGCUUAAGUACAUUCUUUGUUCUUACUCUUACAGAUAUAUAUAUAUAUAUGUACAUAUUGUCUUUUUUAAUUCUGAAGAUGACUCGUAUAUGUAAUAGAAAUUCUUACAAUUUUGUCUUAUAUCUCAUUGAGCUGAUUGUAAAAGUAAAGAUUUUAUGUAUUGAUAAUAUACUCUAUAAGCAAUUUAGAAAACACUUUUCUUAAUUGUGUUAAAAUCAUAAAAAAUGAAUUGUUCAAAAUAGUUAAAUUGAAUAUUACACUAAGAUUAUCCGACAAGUUCUACCAUGAAUUAUUAGCACUUAUUUUAAUCUUCAGUAUAAAAAGCAAUGUGAAACGAAACAUUCUUGAUUUUAGCAAAAGCUUCUAAAACAACUACAGAUUUUCAAACGAGCUUUUGCUUACUUUUUUUUGAUUUAGUUAUCCAUCACCAAAACAAUUCGAUCAAAUCGGUAGUGCCAUUGUUAAAUUUUUGAGAUUACCUUUGACCAAAAACAAUAUCACCGUAUGGAAAGACGCGUUGCAAACUAAGUUAAAACGAAAGCGUUCUGAACAUUCAGAUAAUUCUAUCGUACAGGAUUAUCGUUCAAAAUAUUCAAGAGCUGGAUCAGGAAGACCUGUAAAACGACGAAUUAACGAAGUUGCUCAAAGAGAUCGAUUUAAACAGUUGAUGGUAAUACCAUAUAAUGAUCACAUUGCAAACAAUAUUGAAGAAAAAAUAAAUCAGUUACAAGAUGUAUCUGAAAUUGAUGCUGAAACGAGAUUGAAAUUGUGGAAAGAAACAUUCUCAUGUCGUCGUGAAUAUGUACGAAAUCAAUCAACACCUGAUAUUGUUCAGAAAUUUCCUGGUUAUGCAGAUUCAUUUUUGGUAUUUGAAGAAGUUAAAAUGCUAUUGCAAAUUGAUUUAGCUGCAGCUGUACGACGACAAACAUCAGUUAUUUUGAAUAAAAUUGUUUCAUCACCAGUAUUUAUAACAGGUAGAUAAAAGAUUGAUAUAUGUUUUGGACAAUUAUAAUUAAUUAAAGAUUCUCCUGUAAUUCAAUUGAUCAAAACUUUGUGCAAAGAAUUUGGCGAAACAAUUCACCAUUUAUUUUCUACUAGUGUAAGUAACUUUUUUCGGCAACAUCUAGAAUAGAUUGUUCAGUUGAUUUUCAUAAAAAUUCGAAUAGAAUAAGGUUUGAAAUAAUUUACGCUAAUGGCUAUUCAUGGAUCAACGACUAAUUAAAAAAAUUAACUAAAUGAGGUUUUAAUUUAUGAUAAUUAAAAUGAAUGUUCAUUCAUUCGAUUGUAUCCUCUUCAAAACUGAUUUAUCUUUAAUUUCAUAUAUAUAUAAUGUUUCUUAUUUCACAAUACUGAUAUUAACGAAUUGUAUUUAAAUGAUUUAUAUGUAUUUGUAAAACUAGUAUACUGCAAAAUUGUAUAUUAAACGACUAGUAAACAUAUAUAUAACAUAUCACGCUAUAGGAUUUGUUCAUAGUUUUUUUCAUUUUGAAGGUU